GCUGCGCCCCGCCCGCCCGCGGUUCCCCAGCCCCAGGCCGGGAGGUAGGAAGGCGCCCGCGGGAGUCGGGGAUCCUGCUUUGGGGCCCAGAUGGGGGAACCCCGGGCUGGGGCCCCCCUGGACGAUGGCAGCACCUGGACAGGAAGUGAGGAAGGAAGUGAAGAGGGUACUGGUGGCAGCGAGGGGGCUGGGGGAGAUGGGGGCCCAGAUGCAGAGGGUGUCUGGAGCCCAGACAUUGAACAGAGCUUCCAGGAGGCCCUGGCCAUCUACCCGCCCUGCGGCCGGCGGAAAAUCAUCCUGUCUGAUGAAGGCAAGAUGUAUGGUCGGAAUGAACUGAUUGCCCGCUACAUCAAGCUGAGAACAGGGAAGACCCGAACUCGAAAACAGGUCUCUAGUCACAUCCAGGUCUUGGCCCGAAGGAAGUCAAGGGAAAUCCAAUCCAAGCUCAAGGCUCUGAAUGUGGACCAGGUUUCCAAGGACAAGGCUUUCCAGACAAUGGCCACCAUGUCCUCAGCCCAGCUCAUCUCAGCACCUUCUCUGCAGGCCAAACUGGGUCCCGCCGGUCCUCAGGCCUCUGAGCUUUUCCAGUUUUGGUCUGGGGGCUCUGGGACCCCCUGGAAUGUUCCAGAUGUGAAGCCAUUCUCGCAGACACCGUUCUCCUUGUCACUGACUCCCCCAUCUACUGACCUCCCAGGGUACGAGCCCCCCCAAGCCCUCUCACCCCCUGCCCUGCCCCCACCUGCCCCAUCACCCCCAGCCUGGCAGGCUCGGGCCUUGGGCACUGCCCGGUUACAGCUGGUGGAAUUCUCGGCCUUUGUGGAACCCCCGGAUGCAGUUGACUCUUACCAGAGACACCUGUUUGUACACAUCAGCCAGCAUUGCCCCAGCCCUGGAGCGCCCCCGCUUGAGAGUGUGGACGUUCGGCAGAUCUAUGACAAAUUCCCUGAGAAAAAGGGUGGACUGCGGGAGCUGUAUGAUCGUGGACCCCCGCAUGCUUUCUUCCUGGUCAAGUUCUGGGCGGACCUGAACUGGGGCCCAAGUGGCGAGGAGGUGGGGGCCGGCGGCAGCAGCGGUGGCUUCUACGGCGUGAGCAGCCAGUAUGAGAGCCUGGAGCACAUGACCCUCACCUGUUCUUCCAAGGUCUGCUCCUUUGGCAAGCAGGUGGUGGAGAAAGUGGAGACGGAGCGUGCCCAGCUAGAGGACGGGAGGUUCGUGUACCGGCUACUGCGCUCACCCAUGUGCGAGUACCUGGUGAAUUUCUUGCACAAGCUGCGGCAGCUGCCUGAGCGCUAUAUGAUGAACAGCGUCCUGGAGAACUUCACCAUCCUCCAGGUGGUGACAAACAGAGACACCCAGGAGCUGCUGCUCUGCACUGCCUACGUCUUCGAAGUCUCCACCAGUGAGCGGGGGGCCCAGCACCACAUUUAUCGCUUGGUCAGGGACUGAAGGGGGACCCCAGAAGUGGCUCACCCCUAGAAUACCCUCCUCCCAGGAAGGACUUCCAGCUUCCCUCAGUCUUCUUAUUUAGAGAGGGGGCUGCUCCCUGUUAGAGGGGACCUUGAGAGCUGAGUGGUGAGUUGAAUGGGCUGCAGCUGAGAGGAAAUGACGGAUCCUGAUAUUGGGACCUCA